AGAGCAAAUCAUCUGAAACCUUGAGACAGUUUCUCCUUUGCUUGGAAGGAACCACCACAAAUAGCCAGAGGUGCCGACUGCCUGUUUUUUCUCACUAAUGUGAAAUUGUUCAUUGGGAUCUUUGAAUAUUUUACUUGCUUGAAUCCCCAACGUGGGGAGCUCAAGAUGGAAGGACCAUGGAGCGGUUUGCUUCCCGCUGAGCUGGUCAGGGUCUCUUCCAAUGCCUGAAUGGUUUUUCCUCAAGUAGCUUCCGCCGAGAAGAGGGGUCCAGGCUGCGAAACCUUCCAACAUCUCCCAUUACAAAGAUGGCACUGCUGAAAGUCAAAUUCAACCAGAAGAAAAGGGUAAAACUAGCCCAGGGACUAUGGCUCAUGAACUGGUUUUCGGUGUUCGCUGGAAUCCUUGUGUUUAGCAUGGGAUUGUUCCUCAAAAUCGAGCUCCGGAAGCGAAGCGAAGUGAUGGACAAUUCUGAAAGCCACUUUGUGCCCAAUUCUUUGAUAUUGAUGGGUAUAUUAUCCUGCGCCUUCAAUGGUUUCGCUGGCAAAAUUUGUUACGACUCUCUGGAUCCCGCUAAAUUUGCCAGGUGGAAGCCUUUGCUGAGACCUUACCUGGCACUGUGCUUCCUCUUUAACAUGCUCAUUUUCUUCGUUGCUCUGAUUUGCUUUCUCAUGAGGGGCUCUCUGGAGAGCACACUGGGCCAGGGGCUCAAGAAUGGCAUGAAGUUCUACCGGGACACGGACACCCCGGGCAGAUGCUUCAUGAAGAAGACCAUCGACAUGCUCCAAAUCGAGUUCAAAUGCUGUGGGAACAAUGGCUUCAAAGAUUGGUUCGAAAUCCAGUGGAUCAGCAACAGAUACCUGGACUUCAGCUCCAAAGAAGUGAAAGAUCGGAUCAAAAGCAACGUGGAUGGAAGGUACCUGGUGGAUGGUGUCCCUUUCAGCUGCUGCAACCCCAGCUCCCCGAGACCCUGCAUCCAGUACCAGGUCACCAACAACUCUGCUCACUACAGCUACGACUACCAAACGGAGGAGCUCAACCUCUGGCGCCGCGGCUGCCGGGAAGCUCUCCUGCACUACUACAGCAGCAUGAUGAGCUCCAUGGGUGCUGUCGUCCUCCUCGUCUGGCUGUUUGAGAUGUCCGUGAUGGCUGGCUUGCGUCUCCUGCACACCUCUCUGGAAAGCAUUCCAAACCCUGAAGACCCUGAAUGUGAAAGCGAAGGGUGGAUCCUGGAGAACAACCUGAAGGACACUCUGAAGUCCGCGCUGGAGAGUUUGAAAAAGCUUGGUAAGUUCAACCAGGUGGAAGCAGAAGCUGAAGGGGCCGAAGGAGAGGAAGGUGGGAAGACACCAGCCAUCACAACGGUCAGUUGA